CCACAGCAGACGCACCCAGAGUAGCGGAGCAGCAGACUGCGAUUCGUUUAACUUACAAGACGCGGGUCGCUGCAGGGAGGAAGUGUCGUGCUGAUGACACCUGGAGACAUGGACGUGAGCAGAUGAUCGCAGUCGGCGUGAGCAAUGCUGCAGGAGAAAGUUUCAUCGGUGCCGCACGAGUGUGUGAGCCAGGUCCAGUCGAGAGAGGAAGCCGUGAAUCUCCUCCCCGAGCAGUCCCGCCUAAAUCUGUCUACAGCUCCCUCCAUCAGCAGCUCCCGCGAGCCAGAUCAGAGCAUUGACAACAUCAAGGUUGCUCUUCAUGAGAGGGAGUUGUGGAGGAAGUUUCAUGACACUGGCACUGAAAUGAUCAUUACCAAAGCAGGCAGACGGAUGUUUCCCAGCUACAAGGUGAAGGUGACCGGAAUGAACCCCAAAACCAAAUACAUCCUCCUCAUUGAUGUUGUUCCAGCUGAUGACCACCGCUACAAGUUCUGUGACAACAAAUGGAUGGUUGCUGGAAAGGCAGAGCCAGCGAUGCCCGGUAGACUGUACGUUCACCCAGAUUCUCCCGCCACUGGAGCACACUGGAUGAGACAGCUGGUGUCGUUCCAGAAACUAAAGCUCACAAACAAUCACCUGGAUCCUUUUGGCCAUAUCAUCCUUAACUCCAUGCACAAGUACCAGCCCCGAGUACACAUUGUGAAAGCAGAUGAAAACAAUGCUUUUGGGUCCAAGAACACUGCCUACUGCACUCAUGUUUUUCAUGAGACUGCCUUCAUCUCCGUCACCUCUUAUCAAAACCACAAGAUCACACAGUUAAAGAUAGAAAACAAUCCUUUUGCCAAAGGAUUUCGGGGUAAUGAGGAGGGCGAGCUGCGCGUCUCAAGACUUCAGGGGAAAGAAUAUCCAACCAUCUCGAAGAAUAUCAUUCGCCAAAGACUCAAUUCUUCGCAUCAGUUCCCUCGUCACCUGGCUGGUAAACUGGGUGGUGCGGUCAUGGCAGGGCACGCUCAAGUCCUAUCCUCCUAUCAGUAUGAAUCUGGGGUGCCCCUGUCCAACUCUGAGCUCCAGGACACCAUUUCAGCUCCGUUCCAACAGGGCAGAGACACCAGUCUUUUAUACCAUUGCUUCAAGCAUAGAGAAAACCCCAGACACUUGGAGCUUGGAUGUAAGCGGCCAUAUUUGGAGACAUCCUCCAUUGUAUCAGAAAAUCAUUACUUUCGCCCACCACCCUCUUAUGAGUCGCCCAUUCUAUCUCAUCCAUACUGCAGUGAGGCCAUCAGCUCCAGAGAAGCCUGUAUGUAUGGAAACACGGAGACAGAGUCUGGACCUGGGGGUGUGGAGGCAGAAGACAUGGCCAACUCGCCCUCAGUAAGUUGCAACAUGUGGGCAACAGUGCAGUCCUACUCGCGCUACAGCAUGGAGAGUAUGCCAUAUCAGCCCUUCGCAGCACACUUGAACAGCCCUCCAGCACCGGUGGUGCCGCACCUCACAUCAGCCAUGGCAUCACGCACUCAGUCAGAAAUGGGAGUCUACAACUCUUCUGCCAUGCAGCGCAGCAUCUCCAUGCCUCCGCCUUCAUCCACUUGCUCCUCAGCUGCUGUGGGCCCCAGGGAUAGAUCAAGUCAUCCUGCUCAGUACCAAAAAAAGCCAAUGUCCUCCAUGCGCUCUCAAAGGAACUUUUCUAACUACCCCUCUCAGAGUACACUCUCGAUCCGUGACCCGUCCCAUCAGUACCAAGUCGGUGUGAGCAGUGUGGGGACUCAGUGGACUGAAAGUUAGAGCAAACCAGUGGACAGAGAAAGUCAGUCCUCCAAGUGUGUAGACUGUUGGUGACCUUUGACUAUUGAAUGAUCAAAGUAUGCUCCCGGCAAGCGUAGCAUCCGUUCUCUUAACGGACAACUUGUUUACAACUUCCACAGGGAUA